AUGAUUUAGAAAUUAUUCCAAGUAAUAAACAACAAAAUGAUGAAUAUAUAAUUUCAAACGAAGCAAUUUUAAAUAAAAAUGAAUAUUCUAGGGAAAAACAACAAAAUUUCUUAAAGGGUCCACCGAUUAACUUAGUUGAAACAGGUACUGCCAUAGACAAUGUCCAAUUCUUUAAACCUAUCGUUAGGAGUAAACCUAUCGUUAGGAGUAACAUUGAUCUCACUGCUGUUACGGAGCUUAUUUCAAUCAAUUCAAAUUUCUUUCCCGGAACGUCCGCUACUGCACACGAUGAAGUCGAUCGACUGCUUUCAUUGCUUGAAGAGCAAAAAGAUAAAAUCGAUAGCAUAUUAGAAUCACUGCAUGUAUACGCAGUAGGUGUUGAUUUUCAAAAAGAUUAUUCUAUGCCGUGCAUUGCUUGCUGGGUCUCCGAGCGCCUCGAUAUUGCCAUAAAGGAACGAUUAUCAGACUUGUUCCAAAGUGAGUUUGAAGUUAUAGAAAAAAUGGUGGCACUGACAGACGCAGACGUGGAUAAUAAUAGUGCACAAAACAAAUUACUUAACCGUAAUGGUGUCACAAAGAGGUCUAAGAACAAUGGGUCAACUGGUUCGUCUCAUUCAGAAAAUGAGAAGGAAUCUGAUGGGAAUGAAGGCGAGAAUAACUGUAAUGAAAACGAUGAAAACGGUAGCGGAGAUGGUGGAGAAGAAAAUAAUGAGAAUAAUAGCAAUGGUGCUGUUACAUUAAAUAAGGAAAACGCAGAGAUUUUUCAAGAGUUUGUCAUCGUAGUUUCUAUCUGUGCAAAUGUUACCCCCGUUGCCAAUAAAAAAUAUUCGAAAGUUUUAAAAUUUUCUGUUGAUAUAAAAGAAUGUACAAUGGGGUCUAUGCUUAGUGAAAAUUCAUCGCUUCACAAGAUUGGUUUUGGCUAUUUUCUCGAUUCCGUUGUUUCAACAAUUCGCGAAACAAGCAGAGGAAUCAAUGGACAAGUCAGUGGAACAGGAAUCCAGGUGACAGGUAAUUAUAAUACAAGGAAUGCACUUAAUACAGAAAAAAUGUCAGAUGAGUGGAAGAUGAAGCUCGACGGAUGUUUGACAACCGGAUCUCGCUGGUCAUAUUCUCGUGAAGAUGGCAGCUAUACAAGUAACUUUAUUUCAGGUAAUCACACUGGUGAAUGGCACAUUCUAAAUUUGAUGUGUGGGUUUACUAUAGAAAUUACACAAGUAGUAGGUUUCGAAUUCACUAAUAAAAAUUUUUUUAAUUUGGGUUUGAAACCUAAGUUGAUAAAGCCAUGCCCUAAGAUGGCUCAUAUAUUGAAAAUAUCCUUUGAUGAUUUUGAUAAUUUUGAAAGAUAUUAUGCAAAACUUGAUAAAGAACACUAUGAACAAAAAGAUCUUAUUUAUAUUUUAAAAAAUAAAGCCCCUCCUAAAGAAAAAGACACACAAAAACAAGGAGGCAUAACCGAUUUUACGGUUACCCGUACAUGGGAGGAACCCGAACAGUCUUAA